AACCUAUUGGUAAAAUAGAAGAAAAGUCAGAAAACGCAACGACAAAAGCAUAGGGCUUUAUCAAGACCUUAGGACUCUGGAAGCAGCUGUGGCUCUUCGUGGCGACCAAUCAGACGCUGGGAAGGGAGCCAUGGCUGAUCAACCUCAGAAGCGACCUGUUUCCAGCAUCGUCUUCAUCAUUGCUAUGCAGUCUGAGGCGCUUCCUGUUGUGAAUAGGUUCCAGCUCACCGAGGACACUAACUCUUUGUUUCCACAAGGGGUCCCUUGGGUUUGCUAUAGUGGAACAUACAAAAAUCUCAAUAUAAAUUUAAUCUGGCCUGGGAAAGAUCCAACUCUGGGGGUUGAUAGUGUGGGCACCGUAUCAUCUUCUCUUGUAACAUAUGCUGCUAUUCAAGCAUUAAAGCCAGACUUGAUCAUAAAUGCAGGCACUGCUGGUGGCUUCAAGGCAAAAGGAGCAAGUAUUGGUGAUGUUUUCAUCAUAUCAGAUUGUGCUUUUCAUGACAGAAGAAUACCCAUACCUGUUUUUGAUUUGUUUGGAGUUGGUUCACGCAAAGCUUUUGAAACACCCAAACUUGUAAAGGAACUUAAUCUGAAGGUUGGUAAGCUGUCUACUGGUGACUCUCUAGAUAUGACGCAACAGGAUGAAGCAGGUAUUAUUGCAAACGAUGCCACAGUUAAAGAUAUGGAGGGAGCAGCAAUUGCCUAUGUUGCUGAUUUGUUGAAGGUCCCUGCAAUUUUUGUAAAAGCUGUCACUGAUCUUGUUGACGGUGAAAAACCAACUGCAGAAGAAUUCCUUCAGAAUUUGGCUGCCGUAACUGCUGCACUUGAUGAAGCAGUGGAUAAGGUCAUUAAUUUUAUCAGUGGAAAGUGCUUAUCUGAACUUUGAGAAUCUAAUUACACCUUAUACCCGAUUUUUAAUAUUAUAAUGUUACAUUAUUGUAUUACACUACCUUUGUUUGGGAUUUUAUGCCUUUUAUGCAAAAUAGCAACAAUUUGUAGGUUGAUAUAGAUAUUGCAGUGGUUGCCGUACAAGUGAGCUAGCCAAAAUGAUGGCUCUCAUCCCGCAGAUGUCCAUUGACAUCUUUUGAUGGAUUGCAUUAAGCCUAAUGAUUCAUUGUUGCUGCUGGAGAUUGUGGUAAAGAAAUGAUGGUUUGAGGAGCUAAAUUUUUUAAUGGAUGUUCCUUAUUAAGGUCCAAGGUUGUUGUAUGUCAAUAUCAAGAAGGUCAUGGUAUGAUUAAUUGUUAUGUUAUUACAUUGAUCAAAA